UGAGUGAAGAAGAGUUUACAACUUUUUUAGAAUUAACCGCUAAAAAUAACUAUCAGGUUAAAGCUCAGUGCUCGCAUUGUAGAAAAAAUGCUUUUACUACGCCUCGUAAGUUUAAUUUACUUUUAACUACUAAUUUAGAAGUAGGAGAAAAGCCAGUCAGCACCGUUUAUUUACGCCCCGAAACUUGCCAAGGAAUAUUUAUUAAUCUGCCAACUAUCCAAAGAAGUACUCACCAAAAAUUACCUUUUGGCGUGGGACAAAUUGGCAAGAGUUUUCGCAACGAAAUUACGCUCCACCACGGAGUUUUCCGCACUCGCGAGUUCGAACAAAUGGAAUUAGAGUUUUUUUGCUCGCAAGUGCUAUUAAAAUCUAACGAAUUACCCCAUUACGCCCAAAAAACCACGGAUUUAUAUUUCCAGUAUCAUUUUGGGUGGGGGGAAUUAUGUAGCAAUAGCCACCGCGGCAAUUAUGACUUGUUCCAACAUAGCCAGUAUUCCCAAAAAGAUUUCCGUAUUAACGGGGUUAUCCCCCAAGUAAUCGAGAUCUCUUUUGGCGUGGAAAGAUUAAUGUUAGCUCUCUUAGAAGACGCUUAUCAAGAAGAAAUAGUCGUCAAAUCCCAAUUAACCCGUACUGUGCUAAAACUCUCACCGGUGCUGACUCCUUAUUUUGUGGCAAUCAUUCCUCUAAGCCAGCAAUUACAUCAACUUGCUUAUCAACUUUAUUGUGCUUUGCUAAAAUCCGUUCCUUUUAAUCUAACUUUUGAAGCCGCCAGUAAUAUUGGCAAAAGUUAUCGGCGUCAGGAUGCUAUUGGCACUUAUUAUUGUAUCACAGUCGACUUUCAAACCACCCAGGAUAACACCAUUACUCUCCGUCAGCGAGAUACCAUGGAACAAACCCGCCUCCCUAGCAACUCCCUUAAAAAUUAUUUACAUACAGCCAGUGCGAUAGUAUUAGGCGGAGUUUAUUGGUAUAAUAGUCGUAAGCCUAAAUAUAAUUUUGAACCCACCCCGCAAGAAUUAGAAAAUACCAAAGAACUUCAUAAAAAUAUCCAUACGAACGAACAAAUUACUCAUUUAUUAGAAGCAGUAGAAGCUAAAAGAGACCGUUUGCGAAAAUAUCUAGCAGACAAAGUUAACUCAAAGUUAACUGCCAAAGAGGAAGCGGAGAUUAAUAAAGGAUUAGAUAAUUUCGAUUUUCUCCGCGGGGGCGAUUAUAACCUUGAUACUCUGGCUUAUGACGAAGCGAAAUUAAGCAAAAUAGAAUCAGCAAUUUUCGAUAAAGAAAUACCUUUACCCCGUGCCAUUAUUCCCAAAAAAGUCCAAGGAGUGCCCACUACGGAAGCUAAUUUACCCGCUCAUUUAGAUUAUAUUAAAACUAGGUAUUGGACUUGGCACAACCCCAAAACAGGCAAGUUGUCGGGAGUUCGCGAUGCUAAACGGAAAUUUCAAGGCUUUGCGGGCUUUAUUACCGAAGAAAAUUGA